GGAAGCUGCUGCAGUGCACCCAGGCUGCCGGGCAGCGCACACACACUCAUUGCAGGCAGAGGACAUCAACCGACUCAUCCACGGCAAGAAUAUAACGUGUCCACGGGAGAAGACCUGCGAUCUGUCAUUGGAUAGUCCAGAGGUGCCAUCGCUCGAUCCUGGGGACACCAGCUCAGCCAUUCUUAUGAGCAGCCAGAAGAUUGUGCUGUGCUGUGUGUGCGGCCGGAUCACCUCUGUAAUCACAGGAUCUGCAGGGAGACAGAUCGGGGACCAGGCUGCUAUGGGAGCUCACUGAUCAGCACCUACCGAGGGACACUAACCGCUCUGCAGUCCGAUCUGAUCGCAUCGAUCUCCCCUUCCAGACCUGACAGAAGGCGAUCGGAUCGUCCAUAGCAACAUGUCAACAGCCUUCUACAUACUGACCACCCUGGGGGGUUACCUGAUCACCUCAGCGCUGCUCCUGAGAUUCCCCAGCCUCCUGCACAAGAAGAAACAGCAGAAGUUCCGCUGCAGACACAUCUCCCACCGGGGAGGUGCUGGAGAAAAUCUAGAAAAUACAUUGGCUGCAUUCAAACAUGCAGUCAGCCUCGGAACAGAUAUGCUGGAACUUGAUUGCCACCUCACGAAAGAUGAAGAGGUUGUGGUGUCUCAUGAUGGGAACUUGAAGCGGUCGACUGGUAUCAAUGUCAAUAUAUCGGAGCUGAACUACUGUGAUCUGCCUCCCUAUUUGUGUCAGCUGGAUGUGACAUUUGAAAAAGAUUGCUGCUGUGACGGUGGGGACGACAGACAAAUCCCGCUGCUGAAAGAAGUGUUUAAAUCAUUUCCAGAGACCCCAAUCAACAUCGAUAUCAAAGUGAAUAACGACAUUCUAGUCAAAAAGGUCUCAGAACUGGUAAGAGAACACAGGAGAGAGCACCUGACAGUGUGGGGCAACGCCAACUACGAGAUCAUUCAGAAGUGCCAUAAAGAGAACGGCAGCAUCCCUCUGCUUUUCUGCGUUCAACGGGUUCUGCUCCUGGUUGGACUAUUCUACACAGGACUCCUGCCCUUCUUUCCGAUUCGAGAACAAUUCUUGGAAAUUCCAAUGCCUUCUAUUAUCAUGAAGCUUAAAGAUCCCUCAAAAAUGAGCAGAAGUCACAAGCUUGUCGUGUGGCUGGCAGAUGCAUUAAUUAUGAGAAAGUGCCUAUUCGAGCACCUGAAAGCUCGAGGAAUCCAGGUUUACAUUUGGGUGUUGAACAAUGAAGAAGAAUAUAAAAGAGCCUUUGAUUUGGGUGCUACUGGUGUAAUGACGGAUUAUCCUACGCGACUGAAGGAAUUUCUGGAGCUUUACUCUCACUGAGACCGGUUUGAAGAGCCAGUCACCGAAGUGACAUUACUGUACAAUAAGUUGGAACAUUGGAACCAUAGAGCAGAUGUGCAUGUAUGAGACGCCAUAACUCUGAGACCUGCAGUCACGUCACUGGAUUACAUGAUAGGUUACUGGACAAUUGCAUGGUACAUGUGCUAGCUUGCCAUUCAUUCUGACUCAUCAGUUCUCUUGCAUGCACCACAGCAUAUAGAUCUAGCCCAUUGUUAUAAGGAAUUCUUGCUGAUAUGAAAAGCCAUGAAAUAUCUAAAAACGGCAGCAAGAAACCACCUGGACUCCAAAAAUGUCUUCACUCUGUACUAAUUCUUCUAUAUAGAGUUUAGAUCAUGGGAAAAUCAUGUAAUAAAAUAUUUUAUACAUUCA